AUGUCUUCGCCGAAUCAGCCAAGUGUCCUCGAUGAAACACUGCCGCCAACCCAGAGGCAAUCCUCUCCAGACUCUUCAAGUCUUCUAGGCUCGGCCUCGGGAUCUAAUGAGCGGUCCUCCGGGGUUGGUUCCGCAGCAUCUCGCUCCCGAUCCCCGUCCUCGCGCGAUGGCGAACGCUCUGACGAUCUUAGGUCAAGCCCAAGAGCAACGCCUACCGCAAUAGCUCCUGAGCAACCACUCACCGCUCGCGGGAAGCCUCGCGAGCGUGUCUACCUCGCUUGUGAACAAUGCCGAGCCCGUAAAAUGCGCUGCGACGGUACAAAGCCAGCCUGCGAUAAUUGCACUCGCCGCAAGCGACCAACUGGAGGUCCAUGCACUUACGACGAAGCACCGCGGCGGCGCGGUAAGGACCGAAUGCCCGGUUCGCGCAAGCUCGCGCCGCUCAUUCCCAAGAAAACGCGUACCACACGGUCGCGACUGGAAGAGGAAGCGAAGCGGAAGAAGGCCAUGAAGAUGGCGGGCUUCGCGUCCUCUGCAGGGCCGUCCACAGGGCCUCGCACGCUUUCGCACGCAACCACGGACGCUAUGUUCUCAAACGGAGCACUCUAUGGUUUCGACUCUCAGUCAGGUUUGAUCGGGGAGGGACCCGCGGACUUGCUUGAGUCCCUGUUGCCGCAGCCAGAGGACAUCUUGCCUGCCUCACAGUCUUUCGGGCACGGUCCCCCGCAGAUUUGGCAAGAUCCUAACCGAAUGAGGACGCGACUGCCACCCAUCUCCCCAACGCCCAGCAUCCAGUUCAUUCGGGAGACCUGGUGGGACUCGCUCCUCACCCUCUAUGCUUCAUCCCCGGAUAGACCGACUUCCAUGCGCGCUAUGACGUCCGACAUCCGCAACAACAUUUCGGAGCGUAUCAAGACCGAUCUGCGUCUGCUCUUCCGCGUCUCCUUGCUCUGGUUCGGCUUCAUCACUAUCCCAGACUACAUGGCCAGGUUGUUCAACCCCGUCACCCGGCCAAACGUCCAGCCCAGCCUUGUCCUCGCUACGCUCGCGCUGUCAACAUUGCACCAGAGCUCCGAUCUUGAGCUGGGCCCCAGGGGCAUGAAAAGGGCGCUUCUGCUCGCUGAACAGGCGUACACGGCGUUCCACGCUAGCCUGAACUCCGGCUGGAUUGACGUCGAGCUCGCGCAGGCUGCAUACGUCCUUACCGCCUUCGAGCUCCAGGCGCAUCCCGAAGCCAAGCGCCCUCAACGCACACAGGAGGCGAUGUACAUGCUCGACUCGCUCAUCCGAUAUCUCGCGCUGACCACGCUCGACGUCGACAACCCGCGCACGACAAUAUUCCUCCCGCAAGCGGUGCCCAGCGUACGCAGCAACGCCCCACACAUCGACACCCCGCCCCCCGUCUCCACCCCGAAACGGGUCGCAAUGGCCAUCCUGCCAUACGCCGACGAGGACGACUCCGUGCCGAGCUCGAGCGUCGUCCCCGAGGAGGACCCGCCCGCGUCCGCGGCGCACGACGUGUGCGGGUGCGGGGCGUACUCGCUUGGGAACCAGAUCCCGCGCGUGCGCAUCGAGCUUGCGCCGCAGUUCGCGCAGAUGCCGAUGUGUCCGCGCGACGAGCGCCAGCCGGGGGAGGGCGAAGUGCGCAAGGAGCAGUGCCGGCGGCUCGUGUGGGCGAGCGUGAUGCUCGUGACGACGCUGGGCAUGACGAAGGUGACGGCGAUGGCGGGCGAGGGGUGGGACCUGCAGCCGCUGUGGAUCCAGGACCCGUCGAAUUACGCGCUGCUGUUCCCGGGGGAGAUACUGGCGGACCAGGGCGUGGAGAAUGUAGCGACGUCGAAGGACUCGGUGUGGGCGCUGUACAUGCGUGCCCUCCUUCUGUGGAAUAGCUGCGUGCGCACGCAGCGCGACGCGAGAGCGGGCGUGAUCAUGCCCGAGGCGGAGCGUGCGCGGUAUGCCAUGGGUGCGUGGGCGGAGAUUACUGCGAUCGAAGCCGCGCUGCAGCGUCACUCGUGCAUGACGGACACGGGAUUCUCCAUCAGGACGUGCGAAGUGCUCUUCAACACGAGUAUGUGCAUAUACAGCGAGCUGCGACGCUACGUGCCUAUGUCUGUAGGUGUACUUGGCUGGCUCGACUACCGCGAAAAAGCGGAGAAAUGGAUGAAAAACCAGUUACACAUCGCGAACUACUUCACGGAGUGUCUGCGCACCCCACGCGCUACGGUGACCAACCACGCACGGCGUAACUUCCUCGUGGCAUGGUUCCUCGCCCAGAUCGUCCAGGGUCUCACGUUAUGGGAAACAGACCAUACUAUGACGGUCGCGCUGGAUGUCGCGCGCACUUUCGCGCCCUGUGCGGAGUACUAUCUGCGUCUAUGGCCGGCCCCGUGCCAGUUGAGGGAGUACGAGAGGUUGUACACGCCACUGGUGGCGGCGUGCACGGAGGCGGGAGUCGAGCCCCCGGCGCGCAUGAUCCCUCUGGCCAGUUUGGCCCGGGGAGAAGCUCUGUAGGACUGUGCACUCGUGCCUGUAACGAUAAAGCCGACAUGGCGGAGAUAUGUCCGCGUCCUGGAUCUGAUAUUGUGACUUUGAGUAUAAGUAUACCCCAUCUCUUCCGACUGCUACAUGUACAGGUAUAUUUAUUGCGUAUUAGAUAUGACU